AUGGACUAUACAUCGGAUGGAGACUCAGAGCUUGAAGCUUAUGGUUCUGACACUUAUGCACUUCUGCUAUCAGGAGAUAUAAAAGUGAUGCAUGAUGGGAGUUCAUACAAGUGCCCCUUUUGUUCGGUUGGAAAUGGUGACUAUAACAUACAUGAAUUACUGCAGCAUGCCUUGAGUGUGGGGGCUGCCCAUGACCAAGAAGCAAAACAGAAGGUAGACCAUCGAGCCCUUGCCAAGCAUUUGAAGGAUGAACCAGCUAAAUUACAUAGUCCACUGCUGAGGCCAAUUAUUAUGGAUCCACAGCCUCCUCAACAUAAAAGGGAUGAGCUGUUUGUCUGGCCCUGGAUGGGUAUCAUAGUCAAUAUGCCUUCUGAAUAUGUUGGAAAAAGUGCAAACCGGCUGAAGGAGCAUUUCUCCUGUUUUCAUCCAGUCAAAGCGCAUCAUGUGUACAGCAAAGGUUUUCCUACAGGUAAUGCUAUUGUUGAGUUUGGCAAGGACUUUGGUGGGUUUAGGAAUGCACGAAUAUUUGAGAAUCAGUUUGAGAAGAAUGGGUAUGGGAAAAUGGGCUGGCAGGAAAAAGAGCGCGGAGGGUCAGAGCCUUUUGGAUGGAUCGCUAGGGCAGAUGAUUACAAUGCUCCAGGGGCAAUAGGGGACUUUCUAAAAAAAAAUGGCGAUCUGAAGACGGUUGAUGGCGUCGAGAAUGAAGAAAAAAAUAAAAAUGAGAAACUUGUGGCCAGUUUAUCUUCUAAGGUUAUUGAAAAGAAUAUGCAUUUAGAAGCACUUGAAUGUGAGUAUCAGGAGAGAACUGUGUCAUUGCAAAGGAUGAUGGAACAGAGGGAACAUCAGGUCCAGUCAUACAGCGAAGAACUCACAAAGAUGCGACAGCGCUCUGUCGAACAUACACAAAAGAUUGUUGACGAGAACAAGAAGCUGCGCUUUGAUCUUCAGUCUAUGACGCAUGAGCUUGAUGCAAGGUCCAAAGAACUUGAUGAGUUGGCUGCACAGACUGAUUGCGAUAGAAGGAAGCUUGAAUUGGAGAAACAAAGGAAUGCGACAAAGUCCAAUCAUCUUAUGCUGGCAGAAAUGGAGUAUCAGAAAGCUAAUGAGAAUGUUCGCAAGCUUCUCGAACAACAACAGAAAGAGAAAGAAACUGCUUUAAACAAUGCUAAGAAGUUGGAGGAACAGUUUCAUGUGAAGCACAAUCUUCAACUAGAAAUAAAGCACCUGACAGGAAAAUUGCAAGUGAUAAAGCUCACACCAGGCAAUGAAACAUCAGAAACAGGGAAAAGAAUAGCUGAACUGACAGAGGAGCUGCAAGAUAAGAUCGAUGAGAUGGAAUAUACAGAAAACUACAACCAAGGUCUGAUCUUGCAAGAAAAAAAGGCUGCUGUUGAGUUGCAAGAAGCUCGGAAAUUUGUGUUAGAUGCUCUACAGGACUUGGGCGGUCAGACCAGUGACAAAGCACAAAUAGGCAUCAGGAUGAUGGGCGAGCUUGACCCAAAGGCAUUUUUAAAUGUGUGCAGGAAAUAUUUUCCAAAAGAUGAUGCGGAAGUUGAAAGUGUUAAGAUUUGUUCAAAGUGGCAGAACGAAAUUAAAAAUCCAGAAUGGCGUCCUUUUAAAAGUGGAAAAGAAUCGGAAGUGAUCAACGAGGAUGACAUGAAGCUCAAGGAGCUGAAAGAGGUGUACGGCGAGGAAGCAUAUGCUGCGGUGGUGACGGCGCUGAUCGAGCUGAAUGGCAGCAGCGGCGGCAGCAGGGUUCCUUUCCCGGAGCUAUGGAACCAGAGGGAGGGGAGGAAAGCAAAAUCCAAGGAAGCUGUCCAGCAUGCCAUCAAGCUGUUCAAGGCGAGCAAGAGACGGCGUUGA